UCAACGGAACGGUUCCGAAUAUUCAGAGAGCAAAGUGCGAUAAAAGGAAUAAGACAAAGAGAAAGUUUUCAGAUUUCGUGUUUGAGAAAAAAAUUUUAAUUUGUUAAAAGGUGUUGUGAGAAAAAGAGUGUAAAAGUAAUUUUAACUCGAAUUUGUUAAACUUUAAGUGCGAGUGGCGAAAAUGUGAUAUUGGAAAAAAAAUUUGUUAAAUCUUUGGAAGAAGUAGAAAAUUAAAAACAACUGACACGAUUAUUGUUAAAGCUAAAGCGCAUUUGAGAACUUUGCACUAAAAUGUCCUUCCUUUCGCCAUCGCUGAGAUUGGAGAACCUGCCGAACGAACCAAUUAUGACACUCGACCACAUACCGGAAGAAAAGCGUUACAACAAAAAUAAUAUAGUGGCCAAGUGGUGUGCGCCAAUAAAUGGAAAAAUGUAUCGUAUCGAGCUAGAACAUGGAACUACCACGGGUCGACGCAUGAUAUGGGUUAACGGGAAGGAAGUCUUGCGCCGCGAUUGGAUGUUCAAAUUGGUUGGCGAAGAUUCAUUUUAUAUAGACCAAGCGCGUUGCAUUAUACGCGUAGAUCCGGCACCUGGUUUCAGAUAUGACUACUCACUAUAUAUCGACGGCAAGCCGCAUGAACAGUACACCGACGAGCUGACCAAACAUUAUCGCCUGUGGCUGGUCACCGUCGAUGAUAUCGACUAUCGCAUAAUGUUGGAAUUGGACACGAUCAAUUUGUAUGUGAACGAUCAGUUGAGAGGAGAAACGGGCGAAUUCGUUGAUGGUGGUACGGAUACCAAGUUUAACGAGAAUGGCAUCGAUUUCGUAUUGCAGGCGCGUUCAAGUGGCAAUAAAUUAGAUGGAUUGACGCACACUCUACUAGCGAAUGGUGAAAUCGUACCUGAGGCUAAGAUAUUGGAAAUUAUGCAAGAGCGAAUCUCAAUCUUAUCGCCAACUUAAAGUUGAUUUUAUUAUUUUAUGUCUAAGUUAAAAAAUUAUAUGAACGGAGAAGUUCUCGCAAUGUGCUAAAAAUGUAUGAGUUUUAAUUAAAAGUGAGUGAUAUGUAUAAAUAAAUUGUGAAUAGGCACUGCAAA